AUGAAAAAGAACCAAUUGUUUAGAGUUCAACCGGGAAAACUAAUGUAUUUAUAUAUGCUUUUCUUGGAAUUUUAUAGGAUUGAAAAUGGCAAAUUCAUAAUUCUGCUAAUAGUUUUGGCUUUGAUUUGUCGUUAUCUGUACACAAGAAAGGUAAUUCAAAGGAUAGGUGAAUUGAUUAUUAGUCUGAAAAUACUUCACUAAAAUUAAUAGCAAUAAUAAAUUCCAGAGAAUGACGAGUAGUUUAAAAAAACUUCGAUUUUUAAGCAAUUGAAAAAGGUUAUGAAAGUUUUAAAAAGCAAAUUUAGAAGUACAAAGGACUCAUCAAUUGAUGUUUCCAAGAAAUAUAGCUAAUUUGAUAUGGAAGAAUCUAUUUGA